UCCUGCGUCGACCUCAGUCACCUCACACGAGCACCCCACCUUCAACCCCUUCUCUCCCUCUUCCCCUCCUCUCCGAGCUUGAGCUCCUUCACCUCUACUCAUCCCCUUCUUCCUCAUCCUCCACGUCCUCCCCAAGCUCCGAUCCCAUCCGCAAAUCUCCAUUGCUAUCGCCCCCGUCCUACUUGGCCCUGCGAGGACGAUCCUCGACCCGGCGAUCCGAUCCGAGCACUCAACGGUGCCACUUCUGGAUUCCUCUUAUCGAUUCGGUGCUCCAAUCCAUUGAUAAGAGCUCUCAAUCUCAAAUUCUACAAGAGGAACGGAAGAAUCACUCAACUGCGAAAUCUACUAUUGCUCUAGUAACUAUUUACAUUUGAAUCCAUAGCUGUGCCCAAUUCCGUUUACUCUAAAAACCUCCAUCAAUGAUGAGUCGUGGGGCUUCUCAGGUUUAUUCGUAGCUUUUGGAUCUUUUUAGCCCAUGAAUGUUUAACAUUUAUUUAGACCAUUUAACCACUAUCUAAACUUUCAUUACUAUAUAUUUUUUGCUAUUUGUAUAUUGUUUGCUUCAAGAUAUUAGCACAUUGUCAGGUUCAGAUAGUAUCUUCAAAGUAGCUUUUAUAAAGCUCCCCCAGGUACCUCCUCAAUCUUACUUCUAACAGUAUAAAAUUUCUGAAAUUUGUCUUCUUUGCCCUAUGGGAAAUAAAAAGUUGGCCUAUAUUAAUCAUGUAAUAAUAAAUUAAAAUUUUAGUUUGGUCAUUAAGAAGUUUAUUUAACACUAUCUGAUGCUUUCUUUGUACUCGUUUGUUCACUCAAUCCAGAGAAUGUCUUUUGGCCAAUAUUAAUCAUCGCAACAUUAGCCACAGUAGUUGGGAGCCAAGCAAUUAUAUCGGCUACCUUCACCGUAAUCAGCCAGUGUAGGGCAUUGGGGUGCUUUCCUCGCAUUAAGACCAUACACACAUCAAGUCACGUCCAUGGGCAGAUAUAUAUACUGGUGGUGAAUUGGCUUUUGAUGCUUCUUUGUCUAGCCGUCACAAUUGGAUUCAGGGACACCCAUAUGAUCGGAAAUGCCUAUGUUAUAUGCUUCAUCACUCGGCUAUUAUCUUUCCCAUAAGUCCAACUAUAGCAUAUGUAGCUAUCUGCUUGUCUAUGGUGUGAAGCAGAGCUAUUUUCCAGGAAAAUGCAGUUCAUUAGGAUCGUUUUCGAGGAACCCGUCAAAUCCAAAGUUUGAAAAUGGGAUGAUUCUGUUUAGCAUUGACGGUCCCGAUUUUGGUGUUUUUCCUUCUCCUGGAUCAUUAACUUGCAUUAGUUAUGCUACUGCUUUGGUAAAGAAGGAGAUUAAUAUGAAAGAAGUGCUCGAAAGUAAUGAUGAGUUUGAAGUAGGAAUCGGUGCUGUUAUUAGCCAAAUUGAAGCUUGUGUAACUCAGUUGUCUAUUAAUCAAGCUGCAAAUUUUGUCAUAGAAGCACCUUCUAGGGAAAUAAUUCUGGCUGCAGCUUGUGAAUAUGCUAAUCGCCUUUCACAAUUAUCUUUAGCUAAGAAUGUGCGAUUGACCUUCUCCCUCACUCUCCAUUUUUUAUUAUUGCUAACAGUAGAGUUCUUCCAAAAAUAUCUCAUCUUUCUUUGCAUUUUACAACUUUAGUUCACUCUCCCUUUUUCUGCAAAUUUGUUUAAGAUCUUCUUUUUGGAUAAGUCUUGCCUAGAGUUCCAAUCUACGACAUUCUGAUCCCUGGAAGGAUAUUUUGGUUUCAAAUUGCAAAAAGAGAUGAAAUGGGUCAGAAUUGCAAUAAGGUGUUGCAUUUUUUAUGCAAAACGACGUUAACAUUCCAUUUAGCAAUGCAGAAUAAUGCCACAAAUUUUCUUGCAGACAAUUGCUUCUUGGAGUUCUCGGUAAAGGUAUGGCGAGUAACGGAGCCACUAGAAGAUAGAAUGGAGAAGGCUUUGUUUAGCCCACCUCUUUCAAAACAGCGGGUUGAAUUCGCCGUUAGACACAUUAAUGAGUCUCAAGCUACCACCUUGGUGGAUUUUGGCUGUGGAUCAGGAAGUCUUCUUGAUUCAUUAAUGGAGCACACAACUUCUCUUGAAAAGAUUGUAGGUGUUGAUAUUUCACGUAAGAGUCUCACCCGUGCAGCAAAGGUGAUUGAGCAUAUGGAAGAGGAUCAAGCAUUGUUAUUCGAAGACAUUGCUUUGAGUUCAUUCUGCCCGAGAAUUCUCGUUGUCUCGACUCCCAACUAUGAAUAUAAUCCCAUUCUUCAAAGAUCUUCGGUGCCCAAUAAAGAAGACGACUCAGAAGACAAAUCAGGACCAUGCAAAUUCCGCAACAACGAUCACAAGUUUGAGUGGACGAGAGCACAAUUUGAGCAUUGGGCUAACAAGCUCAUACUAAGGCAUGACUACAGCGUGGAAUUCAGUGGAGUUGGUGGGUUGGGAAAUAUCGAGCCCGGAUUUGCUUCUCAAAUUGCUGUGUUUAGAAGAAAUAUAUUGAAUCUGGCUGAUGAAGAGUGUGUGAGCAUUGAGAACUUGUAUAGGAAUGGAGCGGUCAGCCGAACCUCUAACUCGAGUGCAUUUGGAUAUUGGUAAUUCUAAUUUGAGCAGCACUAAGGUUACUACCUUUACCAAGGUCAGUGACGGAAGGAUCUGCCUUUUUUUCGGGUUUUCUUCUAACAAUUUAGUGUAAUACUAACUUUUGAUCUGUUGUGGAAUGAGCACAUUCAAUAGGUAAUAUAAAAAUCUUAUUUCA